AUGCUUCUGAUCGCACGAGCGAAGCAAAAUAUCAUGUCAAUGAUUCAUUAUUCAGGGUUAAGGGGACUCUUUUGGAGAGUAAAUAGACUAAAAUUUAACAACCUUGCAAGGAAAAAACACAUCUCUAAAGUUGUGACAUCACAGCUACGUGGUAAUGUCCAAUGCUGGAACAAGCUGAACUUAUUUCGAAGAUCUUUCAGAGCGUCAUCUCUACUUUUUGAGGAAGAUGGCAAUUUAGAUGAAAAAAGUCCAGACAGUGCUAAAAGGGUCAGUGGAAUUACGCCAACAGGUGUCGAUAUCAAUACAGUUUUCAACGACGAACCUUCACUCGCAGAGCCCGAAUCUUCAGAAGUUGAGAGUGGUACCCAUGUCUAUGAGUUUGAGCAACCGAUUCCUAAGUGUCUUGGUUGCGGAUCUGCUUUCCAAAGCGAAGAUCCUUCACAGGGAGGCUACGUUAUGCCUUCAAAGAAUCCAAUUACAGGUGAAAAAGGUCCAGUCUCUGAGUGGCUUGCCAGAACUUUGGUUUGUCAGAAGUGUUUCAACUUGAAACAUUACAAUGAACCCUUUCCCAUCACAAUAACCUCAAGCGAGGUAAUGGAGUACGUGGGACGCAUAGAAAGAAGAAAAGGAUUGAUUCUCUAUGUUGUAGACAUGAUGGAUCUUCCUGGAAGUCUUUUUCUGAAUCUUCUUCAAACUGUGGGUGAAGCAAAAAGGAUCAUUAUUGUUGGCAACAAAGCUGACAUGCUUCCAGUGGAAGGAACACAUACUGGAAAACAAGAACGACAUUUGAAAGAAGUGCUCUUUAAAAUGUGCCAAGCUCAUGGCUUGGAAGGUGCCAACAUUAAGAGUAUGUGCCUGAUCAGUGCCAAAACUGGUUAUGGUAUAACACAACUGGUGAGAAAAAUCAGCGAACACUGGGAUGACAAGGGAGACAUUUAUCUUAUCGGCUGUAGCAAUGCUGGAAAAACGUCACUAUUUAACCUGUUGUUGGAUUUAUUUAGUGUUCAUAAGAAUGCUGACUUAUUACAGAGGGCUACAGUCAGUUUAUGGCCAUGCACCACACAAAGGAUGAUAAGGUUUCCUAUUGGUCACAUGAUGUUAGGGAAGUUGUUGAGAAGAUUGCAUGAAGGUGUUUAUGAGGUGGGUGUUUCUCAGACAUGACAAUCUGAGGUAAAGGAAAAAUACUUUAUGAUUUAGGAUAGUUUCCAGCAUUCUAAAAAUUAACAGGAAUCUUAGCAUAAGGAAAGUUGAUAAGAAUUAUGUAGUUUGCCCAUUAGAAGGCAGCAAGUUGAUCUUCUCUAUUCAGUAGGGAGGUGAACCAGACUGAUGGAUAAAUGAAUCAUAUUAUUGAUCCAAUUAGCUCUACUAAUUAGAUCAAUAAUAUUCUGAAGAGGCUAUACAAGAUAGAUUGUGACUUUCAGAGGCAACAGAUAGUGCAUCUGAAGCUGGCAAUCUACUCUAUAAUGGCCUGUUUUGUUUCCCCAAAUAUUUACACACCUAUACACUAAUGUAACCAUUUUAGGUGCAUCCCCUUGUAGUAUUUAUGACAGAACUUUUUGUUCUCUAUUUAAUUACUAAUUUACAUGUAACACAAAUGACAUCAUUUGGUGUUUUAGAAUACUCCAUCAUCCUGUGUUUUUUAGGAUAUUUUGUCAUUCCUCUAAAUAACGUCACCUUUGCUGUUGGCUCUUAUAAAGAGUGACAUGUUAGUCAAGAGUUUAAGGUUGUUGAUAAGUCUUCUCGUGUGCUUUACAUGUAGAUAGCUACUGUUUGGGUUAGACAAUGCAAACUGUCACAGCAUUUGAUAAGGUAAUUCCCCAAAAAUAGUGGUUCCCAUUAGUUACUUUGAAUGGAGAGCCACUCCUCAGAGUCAAGUGCCUUACUUAAGCUCACAAUGCAGGGACUUCUAACUGUUCUCAAAGUUGGACAGUCAAGUUCAAAAUCAAAUUUUGUAACACUACCAUGAGACCACUUCAUCUCUCCACAUAAUUUCCUAGGGAAUCUUUUGCCUUUGGCUUUGACUUUUUCUUCUCUUUUCAUCCUCUUCAGCAAAAGCCUGAUGAUAUAGAAUAUCAAAUUGAUGAUGAGAUCAUAUCUAAAGAAGAAACAAGCUACCGAGAUAAAAAGAAGAAAAGUUCUAUUGGAAAGGGAAGUUCAACAGCAAUAGUUCCUUCACAAACAGGGCUUCAAACUUUUAAGCCAAGUUUUGUGAUGUAUCAACCAAACAGGAACCAGAGAUGGCUGUAUGACACGCCAGGAGUUAUCAGUGAAAACCAGGUACAAAUGAGUUGUUCCAUUUUAUUUUAUAAGUGGAAGUUUCAUGCUUUGCUUUUAUGUCAUGGAAAUAUCAUGAAUAUAGUUAGAUCAAAUUUAAUAUAAUGUUUUUAGGCAAUGAAAAUAUCUAAUUCUUUUAUUAAUGUUCUGUCUUCUAGGUAAUAGAUAUAUUUUUUUUAAUUUCAAAAUUUAUAUCCCACUUAGGUUAUCAUGAAAUUCAGAUAACUUUGAGCAUCAGAAAUAUUUAUGGAGUGUUAUUGUGUUCCAAGGAGAAAGCCAAUGAGGAGUUAGAAAAGAAAACUGCAAACAAAAAUGAUAAUUAAGUUGUGAUUUCAUCCUUUUUUCUCCUGGGAGUGACUGAGGCAAUUGCUCUGUGCAAUAUAAAUUCAAUGCAUGUGUGAGGCAGACAAGUAGACAAGGAAAAAUAUCAACUCUAAGAGUAUUACUUGAUUGAACACCAAAUUCUCUGAACCAAUAUUAUUAACAAUUAAUGGAAGACAGUAAGAGGAAUUUCUGUAUAGAUCUUGGGAUUGAAAGGGAAAGGUUUGUUCACAUACCCUGAACCUUAUUGUGAUUGGUCAGUAGGAAGUUGGCCUCCGUCUGUUCAGAAUGUCUCACAGAAGAUAACAGUGGACAGAUUGCAAAAUACUUCUACUAAAAUCAUUCAUAUUGCAAAUAAACAACUACAGCAUGAUAAUUUGUUUAAAUUGGUUUCCUUGGUGAAAAACUCUACCAUUUCAUACUUUCUAAAUCUCAUUUUGACAGAUCACAAAUCUCUUGACCAUGGAAGAGCUAAGAUGCUUGAAUCCAAAACUGUGGUUUGUGCCCAGGACCUUCAUUCUUAAACCGGGCUUUUCCUUACUGCUUGGUGGCCUGGCCAGAGUGGACUAUCUUGAGGUGUAGUUUGAUGUGAAAAUCUUUUGUAAUUUGAGGUUCCAUGGUUAUAUUAGUCCCUGCAGAGGAAAUAAAAUAUCUCAAAAUGAUGCAGUUUGAAGAAAAUUUAUUUAUCUCAACUGCCAAAAAAAGUAACAUUUUAUGUAGAUAUGUGAAAUUGCAUUGUCGUUGUUGUUGUUUUUUGGGAAUGCUUCGAUGAUUUGAUGUAAUUAUUUAUUAUUUAGAUAAAAAGACAGAGUCAAAAUGGUGAAUGGGAUGCCAUUCCAAAGGUUUGUUGCAUAAUUACAUGUUUCUGGUGUUAUCAUGUUUAGCACUGUAAUAUGAAAAAAAGGUCUGCCGAAUAUUUUGGACUCUUUUCCAUGAAGUAUUGGAUUUCUUGUGUGGUUAUGAAAAAAAAUGGACUUAUUAGAUGUAUUGGGAGUUUUAUUAUGUACUCUCCAAUAACGUUGUCUGGAAACUUUCCAAAAUUCUUAGUACCCCUUCCUAAAUGCGUUUGAGAUUUGUACUUUUAGGGAGUAUAUUUAUAACAAUAUCUCUCCAGCGUAACUAGAAGGUUUGAGCAACGAUUUCACGCGUAGCAGCUUCAAAUUACUGACGUAUGUCAAGAAAAACGAGUAAAUUCCUAAUUGUCAUUCAGUUGUUGACUCGGUAUAAUAUACAAGUUUUUUUCAGCUAAAGUUAAUAACAGUCGGUUAAUAAUAGUAAGGACAAGCUAAAAUAUAGACUCUUUGAAAUGGUUUUGAAUUGUUUAAUGUCAUGUUCUGUCCCGCUUACUAUGUAUUUUGCAUUACACUGUUUCAGGCAAUCGAAUCUAUUUACUUUACUGUGGUCGCUUCUCCUAAUUUACCGGUCCAUAUCUGCAGUGAGGAACGUGCUGUUGAAGUGUACGACAAACACGCUGGGACUGAACUACUUGGGGUAAGAUUCUUUAGAAAAGGUAGUGAGACAAGUUGUUCUCCAUAUUAUAACAUGACAUAGGGGAGCAAACUAUUAAUGAUAAUUUACCAAAUCAUCAACUUUGAGAUAGCUUAACAGUUCAGCUAUUGGUGAGAACGUUUUUAUGCCGGCUAGGUACCUAUGUUUGCAGUAGAUUUGUUGAAUACGCUGUUAGUCACGCCAUAAGAAUCUUAAUCACUAUAUCCGAACCGCUCAUUCCGUCUCUUUUUUAUGUCUGUGUUCUUUACAGAUACCAGUUGGUGGUAAAGAGCGCAUGGAAACGUUUCCCCCGCUUGGAUCACAAGAAUUCACCAUUAAGGGAAUAGGCUGGGACACGAGUGCUGCUGAUGUGGUUCUGUCCAAUGUUGGUUGGGUGGCUGUAACAGCAGGCAAUGAUUCGUUAGUGACGCUGAAAGCUCACACUCCUAAUGCAGUUGGACUUCAUGUCCGACAGCCGCCUUUGCUACCAACUAGUGUUAACGCACGAGGUAAGUAUUUAACAAGUUGGAAAAGGGGAAAAUUAUGUUUCUUCCGAAUGCUUAAAGAGGAAUUAUGAUGGCAAAUGAAUGGCACUUACAUGUAUCUCCUCCCAUUUUCAUCGAAAGUCGUUUGACACGUGAUUUUACUUUUUUAGUGUUUUCAAUGUCGUCUAUAGUUUUCUUACAUUUGGAACCAAAACCAACGUAAUCACAACAGCCAAUUAAAACAAAGGUUUACGUCAUCAUCAGCCAACUAACUAAUAACAAGCAAACUACCAAAAGCGCGGGAAAAUGUGGGCGACCAAGUCACAAUUGGUUUUCGUUUGGCAUCUGAUUGGUUUAGAGUAUGGUGCGAAUUUUUUUAGAACUAUCACGCUCAAAGUAAAACAGAACCAAAGCGAUCCCGGCUUACUUUAGACACUCAAUUACUCUAUUACGUCACUCGGUCUUGUGAUUUGCUCAACGAGGAUGUAGCAGAGUCCUUUUCCUCAGUUGACAGUUUUCACCGAUUGGAGGGAUUUGCAGGUGUCUAAGACAACGCAAAGGAGUUUUGGAAUCAAAUUAUUCUUUGCUUAUUACUUUGACUCGCCCUUGGAAUGUUGCAAUGACUUCUUUAUUCGAGAACUUUCAGCGGAGUCGAUAUUGAUCUCUGGCCAGUUCUUCAUGAGACUCAGGAUCGUAAUAUCUCGAAUGCACUUACAAAUGUGCACCCAGAGUUUCAGUAAAUACACGAUGAAGACAUCUUUUAUAGUUUACAUGGUGUCAAUUUUUAAGGUAAGCGUGGAGUCAGUUAUCAAGGGCACAUCUGUCCUGACCGAUACGAAGCCACGCGGAGAAGGAACCCUCAGUUUAUAACCAAAGCACGGGGGCUGAUACCUGCAGAAUCUCAGUGGGUCAAGGAGAUUACAAGUAAAAGAAAAGAACAGAGACUUCUAUUCAAAGUUGAAAGGCGAAAGAGAGAGAAGGAAUACAACUUACUGGAGGGGAGCGCUGUUAGCGAUCCUCCAUACAUACCAGGAGCAUCGUGGCUUCCUCUUCCUAGGAGUAAGUUAGAAGAGGCCGAAGAAGAGGAGGAGGAGGAACUAAAGAAACUGACUGAAUAAACCUCGUAUUGAUAACCUAAAUUAUAUUAAAACUUUGGGUACUCAGCUAUUUUGAUUUUAAGGUAUAUCCUGUUGUUAAUCAAUUAGAGGAGGGGUUGGUGGGCUGUAGCCCAGAUACUGAUAUUGAUCCGAUUUAGCUUAACCUGCGAUAAGGUGGUCUUAUUUUCUUAGGCACGUGAUAGUGAGGCAGCGCAUGAGUCGGCGGGCAGACCUAGUAUACCGUUACACUUUCCCGGAAAGGAAACGGCGGAUUGCAGUUAGUCCGAAUCAAAUUAGCUUCAAUUAGCUAAUCAAUCGAACAUCAGUAUCCCUCCCAGGGUAACUCACUCACAGGGCAUGUGACCGACGUCCUCGACCAUAGGGUGAGGAAUUUGAACCUUUCCUGGGUGGGGUGAGUAAUUUGAACCGGAACCGUCAGGUCAGAACACGUGUUUUAUCUUUUAAUAUUAAAGGUAAGAAAUUCACUUUCGCGAACAGAUGGCUCAGAAGUAAAGGUGUGCAAUAACGUGACGGUCGCUGAUCUUGCCUUCACAAAAAAAUUGAUCAUCAAAUCCGAUAGGGCAUCUAAACACUAUUUGGCUCAGGGGGGUGAGAAUUUGAACCAACCAAUCUUCAAAUGGCGAUGGAAGUUGCCGGUGAGGAUGUCGAAGCUUCAAAUUUAUCAACGCACGUCAUCAUUUCCCUUUUCUCCUGACCUUAAUGUUUGCUUUGGGAGUUAUAUUGUAAAGCGAAAUUAGAUUCUAGUCACUCUAAGGGGUCAUUGGGUUAAGAAGGGUCCCAUCGAGGAAAACGAUUUUUAGCAGCAUUGGUAUGGACACUUCAGUGGAGCUGUUAUAAAAAGACUUUCUUUUUUUCUAACCGCCCAGAAUCCUUCGUUUUCCUAUACUUAACUACAACUUUUAUUUGAUAUUUUCGAUAUUUUGUUUUAGCCACCUCAUCAAUAGUCAAAUGAAUAAAAGGGGCAACUUUCCAAAGAAAUAGUAGCACUGCGUCGGUGGGGGUUUUUAUUAGAUAAUUUGGUUUAUCAACUGAGUUGAUGAUGUAAAUUGGCCUCUGUAAAGAGUUUCUAAAACUGACAUUUUUAGCGUGUGCCUUUCGUCAGAG